UACAUCUGUAAGGGUUCAAACAUCCAUGCAAGGUUAGUGGGUCUGGAGAGUGCAGCACCGAAGAAAUGCAUGCGUUUCUCAGAUGAUCUGUCUCUACAGUGGGUACUCCAGGUGUCCUUAAUUUUGCUGUUUGGAUCUUAGUGUUGAAAUAAUCUCAAAAGCCAAACUGGGUUAGUUGGGUGCAAUGGCAAAAAAGGCAAACAUAAUGUUUCAAGCACAUUUAUCUUGACUCCCAUGCCAGGAGAAUCUUCUGUUGCUGCGCUCCAAAUAUCUAUGCCAACUUAGCUAAUCAACCAGAAGCAACCUGAGCUAAGAACAACCAAAGAUCUCCAACCAAACUUGGCACCUAUAAAUAAUCCUCAUGAUGGAAUACUUGAUCCCAUCAGUUUCAGCACCAACAGCACAUACUAAGUGUGCACAAAUGGCUUCCAUUGUGCCCCUUUUCUCUCUACUAUCAUUAUUCUUGUGUUGUGUUCUUGCCAAGAAAGACAUGAAAGUGGCCCCUUUGACAAAUUGGGCUGAUCAUAGAGACCGAUCUCUACAGUCAAAUCAUGUUUUCAGUGUGCUCAGAUAUGGGGCUUACGGGGAUGGACGCCACGACGACACAAAGGCAUUGUCAAAGGCGUGGGCUGCAGCUUGCUCCUCUUUGAAUCCUAGCACUGUGCUCAUCCCCAAGGGCAAGAAAUGCCUGACGAAGCAUGUAACUUUCUUUGGCCCAUGCAAAUCCAGUAUCAAGUUAAUGAUUGAAGGUACUUUGGUAGCUCCUCCAAAGAGAUCAUACUGGAUAGAGGAUACCAUUAGGCACUGGAUUUUGUUCAGAUCUGUGAGAGGUCUUACUGUCACCGGUGGUGGGACCAUUGAUGGAAAUGGAAAAUUUUGGUGGCAGAACUCCUGCAAAGUAAACACAAAACUCCCUUGCAGGCAAGCUCCAACGGCUUUGACGUUCUAUUCUUGUACAAAUCUGAAAGUGAAUAAUUUAGAAGUGUUGAACAGCCAACAAAUCCACAUAUCAAUGGAGCGUUGCAGCGAUGUAAGGAUGUCACGCCUAUCAAUCAGAGCACCCAGCACUAGCCCCAACACCGACGGCAUCCAUAUCGUCCAUAGUAAGGAUGUGAAAGUCAUGGACUGUGCAAUCAAGACUGGGGACGACUGCAUGUCAAUUGAGGAUGGGACUGAGAAUCUACAUGUCAAGAACAUCGUGUGUGGACCAGGGCAUGGGAUAAGCAUUGGGAGCUUAGGUGAUCGCAACUCUCAAGCUCAAGUUGCAAACAUCACCAUUGACGGGGUGCGACUGCACGACACGGCGAAUGGAGCUCGUAUCAAGACAUGGCAGGGUGGGCGGGGUUAUGCAAAGAAUAUUGUGUUCAAGAACAUGAUAAUGGAUAAUGUACGGAACCCGAUCAUUAUCGACCAGAACUACUGCAACUCGGCUACACCAUGUAAUAAACAGAAAGUGGCUGUGGAGGUGAGCAAUCUGUUGUUUAAGAACAUUAGGGGGACAAGUGCCUCAAGAGAGGCUAUCAAGCUCAGUUGCAGUAAAGCUGUACCUUGCCAUGGGAUAGCCUUGCACAACGUCAGGCUUACUCUAAAACGAGGGGGUGGUGAUGCAAAGAGCACCUGUCAGAAUGCAAAAUGGAGGAAAUUGGGAACAGUUAUGCCACAGCCAUGUAGUCUCAACGAUUGAAAAUAUAUGACAAGGAUUUGAAACGGAAUCGCUGAGGCCUGCCUAGUAGUAGUUGAUGAGCAGAAAGGGUUAUGUGUUUCGGUAUGCUUCCUCUGAUUCUCCAAGUGAAGCCAUGCAAUGGAAUGAUUCUGAGUGAAGUCAUGCAAUGGAAGGAUACAUGCUAACAUUGAAAUGUAUAGAAGUAGGCACAAUAGUUGGGGGCCUGGGGCUUACGGUGAAGAGUACCUGCAUUUUUUUAGGCAGGGUACUUGCAAUUUUAUUGUAAAAUGGACUGUUCCAAAGUAUUUUGCAUGCAAUACUUGUAGUCAUACAUGAGAACAGUCUGUAACUAAAACAAUUUCAAAGAGUAAUACUGAACAGAACUUAUGUACU